UGAAAGUCCCGCGUUUCAGUGCUGGUCAAUCAGAUCCCAGCACCCAUAAAAGUGCAUCAAAUUGAAAGAAAAUUAACUUGAAAAAAAAAAUACAUAUAAGCAUGGUGAAAGAAGUCGAGUAAAUUUCGAUUUAUGUUCGCUCGUCGUUGAAAAUUUUCAUUCUUGUAUACAGCCUUCCAGCAUCUGCUCGUAAAUCCCUUCAUAAGCCUCUUUUCUCGCCAUGAGCGAAGUUUUACCGCAGCUGGAAGAGCCCUGCUUGAGCGCCAAUAAGCUUGACCGGCCUGUUCCCGACGCGGAAGUUGCCAAACGAUUGCAGGAACGCGGAGAGCAAAAGAAACGUCAUUACGAAGAACUCGUGUCACUCGGUGAAUUCACGCUCAUCAGCGACGAGGUCCUGCCAUUGUUGCACAGCAGCAGGAAAUUAUUUCAGGCUGCUGAAUUGCAAGAAUGCAUGCUGACCCUGAUGAAGCUAAAAAUAUCUUUGCCAGGAGAUAAGCUAUUGAGUGAACUGAAGAAAAGGAUUUGUAGCCUCACUGAAGGAAUACAGAAGACUGCCUAUACAGAGAAUAGUUCUGAUGGAAUGUACCCAGAAGCAAAAAUCAUUGAUGAUCAGAUAUUCAAUCUGGAGGACUUGACAUCAGAGGCCCACAAGGAAGCCAACACGAUCUGUGACCAAUUGAACAACCUUGUUCAGACCUCAUUUCAACGGCGAUUGCAACUAAUCCAAAAGAACGAGGUCAAACAUGAAGCUGAUUAUGAUGACCUGGAAACAGAUGACCUUGUGGAGGUUCUGAAUGUGCUCAACAAACUCCAAGACUUGUUUUCCAACCACGCCCAGGUUCACAAUAACACCAUCCUGACAUGCAUUAGGAAACAAAUAGUUCAUGUAAUGGAUGCGAUUGAUGGCAAGCUUCGAUUCCUUGCUCCAGUGUCGAAUCCAUUGUAUGUGAUGCUGACUAAAAGCUGUGAUGAUGAUGACCAUCAGGAACCUGACUUGAUCCUGCAACAUGAUAACCAAGAAGAAAAUUUACAGCGGCAAAUUGUGACUACAGUCACUUCAGGCUGCGGUCAGUUGCAGCAGCAGCAAGUUUGGGUGCGGCAAGUUGAAGUGCGGCAAGUUCAACUGCGACAAAUUUCACCUGCACCUUUUAACCCUUCCACGGCAACAGGUUCUUUCCCAUUGCGGGACAAAUCACACCAAGAGGAAUCUGUGUCCGAAUCAAAUCCCGCCGACGUCGACGAAGAUCAGACUCGGCCAACAUCCAGCUCAAACGAAGUUUUGCCUGAAGAAGUGAUCAAUAAAAUUAAUGAUUUGAUCAUUAAGGAAACAACCGAAAGUUCCUUGACAAAGGACGAAGGCUCAGCAGUCGUUCCAAUGAAUUACGAAACUGUUCAACUCUUCUCCAAUGGGACAAUGGAAGAGAUUCCAAUGGUCCCUGUGGUUUUACCGGAGUUGAAAAUUCCUUCUGGCUUGAGGCCGACUUUGUCGAGGAAUAAUCUUCCACUUAUUGAAAACCAGAAUAAGCCUCAACUUAUUGAGGAAAACACUUGGAGUUUACAAUCAAUUCCACCCGACGUUCUGCUGGAAAUUUUAUGCUUCAUAUUGAAUUCUGGCAUCGGCAGUGGGAAACGAAUCAAUGGCUCAUCACUGGAACAAUUCAUCAAAUAUUUAUACUGCGAGAGAGACGUUGAAUUUCCUACCCCGGCUCAAAUUGGCGAUAUUCUCGCUGGAUUUGCUGAGCUUUUGGCGGAGCUUUCGGAAAAUAUUCAAGAUUUCACCGAGUUGCAAUUAAUGAGUCAGUGUAGGAUGCUGAGCACAAGGAUUAUGUCGUCACCUGCGACGAACCAUCGUGUCAUCGGUCGACAAUGGUGCGUUAGCGUCUUCGGGAAAAACAGUCGCAAUAAGAGUCCGCUCUGUUUUCGCCAUGACGUCAUGUUUGCUGCGACACACGUCAGCGACAGCGUCGUCGAUUCCCGCGCGUCAACUCGUCACAUGUCUGCGUGGGAGCUGAUCCGGGGUUGGGGCGUGUUGAAGCUCUGCUCCAGCGACAAGCUCACUGCAAACGCGGAAAAGGUCGUAUCUUUGUCCAUAAUGAAAACAACUCGAGGAAUCUUUGGCAACAAACUCUUCACUUUGGCAAUUAGACCAACAUUUUACGAUCAAUUCGUUGGAGGAGAAACCCCGGAAGAACUCGAGGCCACUGUUUCAAGACUCAACGAAUCCAACGUGAGACUCAUGCUUGCUGUUAUGCUGGAAAGUGACGUGGAUGACAGCGAAAACGACGUGAAGUUAGAAGAUAUCUUGGACAACAACUGCGAAACUUAUCUGGACAUUAUCCCGAAAUCCGCGGUCAUGGGAACCAAGCAAAACCCCAUGUGCCAGGUCAAGGUUUCCGGGCUGAUCUCCUCUGAAAUCCUCGCAAAGCUAACUCGGUUCGUGGGAUCAAACGCCAAUGCCUCAAAUUUCACCGAAGUUCUGCAAAAACCAGCGAAAAAUGUUCCCACGAAAUUCGGAGCUUUCUGGGAGAGUCUCGAGGAAUCCGAAACCCGGGCUUUUUCUUCCGGACUCGGCAGAAUGCAGCGAGUCGUGAAUUGCUGCGUGGAAAACAAGGUCACGUGUGUUGUAGACGCGGAAGGAAGUUGGCUCAACCCGGGAUUGUCUGCCGUCACUCUGGGAUUCAUGGCUGUUUGUAACAAAGAUCAACCCGUUGUUCAUCACACCUACCAGUGCUAUUUAAAGGACGCCUUGUCAGCCCUGGAAGCACACAGUGAUUGGGCACUCAAACAAGGACUUCAUUUCGGAGCUAAAAUCGUGAGAGGGGCUUAUCUAGAAAAGGAGAAAUCCGUGGCACUUGGAGCAGGUAUCCCGUGUCCGUUGACUGACAGUUACCAGCACACCAACGCUAAUUAUGACAGAGCUGUUGAAGAAAUUAUCUUAAAGAUUUCUGCGGGAGAAAAAGGAGUUCAUUCUCAUUGCCUAGGGUCGGAAGGAGUAGCAGUGUACAAGUCGGUGCCUUAUGGGGAGUUGCUCCAGGUCUUGCCCUACUUGGCCCGUCGUGCCCAAGAGAAUGCCUUUGUCCUGAAGGGGCCCAGAGCUGCACGAGAACGCCAUUACUUGUGGUCUGCUGUGCGUCACAGAUUCGGCUUCCUUGGGCAAUAAAUCCCCAGGGCAUUUUCGAAUCGGAAUGACAUAUUGAAAUAUUUCCUGAAAUAAAUUUCCUCUCAUUUUUCAGAACAAGGCAUACAAAUUAUGAGUGAGAAAUAAAAUUUGAAGCUUAAGGCUUCCACAGCUUUA